AUGGACGCCCGGGAUUUGGAGGACGCCAGGGCUGCUCGUGGAGCUGCCACUACUGGCCCUGCUCCGUCUAUAGGCACCGACCCACCUGUGCCAAAUUCAGGGGUGGCGGCACCUCCUGCCGGGCAGCCCCUUGACCCAGACGAGGUCCGUAUCGACCUUGUCAAACCUCGUCCUACGGCUUCGCUGCUUGAAUGGACAGCCGUGACCCGCCCAAUCGUGUGCUCGACAGCUACCUCGCGUCUUCCUACUACCGCCGUGGACUGUACCGCCUCCUUGGUUGGGGACGGCCGGAUGGUCUUCGGCAUCCCAGCUCCACCCACCGACUUUGAACUUGCCUUCGCCGAGGACUGUGAAGACGUUGAUAUCGACGUCUUUCUUGGUGGCACCGCGGCAGUGGCUCCGGUGACGCCCUCUCUUGAAGUUGGCAAACUCAUUGCUGCCCGUACCCUUUUGACUGUGGAGCAGAUGAAGAUGAAGCGCUGUCGCUUUAAAGGGCUUAUCGCUGACGCCCAGGCUGUGCUUUUGGCUUGCGGGGACCUUGAGUCCAGACUCGCUGCCAUCACUGCUCAGCCUCUUAUUCUUGCGCCUACGCUUCACGACAUCAAUGAUGCAUUGUCGCGUGUGUUGGUAGAGCAUGCUGUCCUCCGGGCCUACAGUGCCUUCCCUGCCUCGUCCCACACGCCCGCCCGUCAAUUUGCUUUGCGCAUCAAGAUUGACUUUCCUGACGCAAUUCCUAGCGCUGCCGACAUUCUGGCUCAUGUAUACCCGUCCCAACUUAGCCGCGACACCGCCAAGCCCUUGCGUCUGUCGACCUUCUCUUUCGCACUCACGCGGCCAUGA